GUUUUGAUAAACUAUUACUAAUAAAUUUUAUCCCUAAAACUUAUUAUAUUACUUUAAUUUAUAUAAUCUAAUACCUAGUUUUUCCUUGUUGCAGAUUCAAAUGUGUUCUAUGGAAUACGAAAUGUUGGUGUCUCACAGUCCGCCCGUUUUUAGCCACAGUCCACCAACCGGGGGUUUUCUCACAGAUUACGCAGCUUUAAGGUUAGGUGCAGAUUUUCCUCGAGCAGCUUAUACCACCACAACUUGCAAACCCCUUCACCAUUCAAAUUCGUUUAACUCAUUACCAAAAGUUCCUAUAAAGAUGCCUGCAUACCCAAAAAGGCCUUGCUUAGUGAUUAGACCCACCGAAGAAACGUCAAGUUCCAGUGAUGAAGAUCCCACCAGCCCCACGAGACUUAAAAAGAAGGUCGUAUUUGCCGAUGAUAAAGGCAUGUCCCUCACUCACGUCCGCGUGAUGACUGAACCAUCCAACGUCCCACCCCUAUGGAGCUACAGAUUCCUAGCCGAAGUAACUCAAGGACUGAAUGCAGAUCCCGUGGGACAAAUCGACACGUGGGAAAUCACCUUUCCUCAACCUGCUUCUGAUUACGUUGCUUUCAGAAAGAGACUAGAUACGAACAAUGUAACUCUAGAAAACGUUAUCAUCAAGGAGGCUGAGGAUAGUAUACUGGGUACCGUGAAAGUUAGAAACUUAUCUUUCCACAAAGAGGUUUUUGUGAGGUGUUCCACUAACGAUUGGAAAAAUUAUGAAGACUGCUUUUGUACCUACGUGCCAAACAAUAUGAAUACUAACAUUAAUGUUCUUUAUGAUACCUUCUCUUUCAAAAUUCCACUUCCAAAUAAUACUAAAAAGCUUGAAUUUUGUGCUUGCUUCAAAUGCGAUGGAAAAGAAUAUUGGGAUAAUAACUACAAUAAGAAUUAUGUGCUCUUAAAGAAAUCGUCUCUUCACAGAUCUCUGUCCAACGAUGAUAUAUAUUCAAGAAAGGAAAAGGAAAGCCAGGCAAUAAGAAAAUGUAAUGAUAUAGUACAAGCAAAAAUGGAAUCGUGGUCGGAAUUUGCUAGUUGGACACAUUUAGAUAAUAAUAGUCCUUACUGGUAAGGGCCAGUUUUGUGUUUUUGUGUUAAAGACCAUGAACGGCAGCAAAUUUUAAGGAUGUAAAAUAUAUUCAGUAAUCUCCGUGAAUUCAACGUUGCCAAAAGGAAGCCAUCUUCAAGAAAUGCUGCUUCUACUGAAGACCGUCUACAGUGCCGGUUAGAGAUGUUCAGUAAAGUCGUGUUGAAAAAUGGCUUCUUCAAGUUAAGAAGACCAUACGAAAAACAAAAGAAAUAUAACGGACCGCUCGGUCUAGGACUGAAAUCUGUGAUAUAAGAAAUAUGACCGUUAUUUAUUUUAAAAAGUUUUGUGAGUUUAUUCACUUCUUAAGAAGAGAUGUGGUUUUGCUUGUAAUUUAGUACCUACUCAAAAGACUGAUAUUAUAAUUAGUAAGGUGUAAAUGUUAAGAUUGUAUAUCCUGAGGAUGAUUUUAAAGGUUUAUGUAUAUUGCUAUGUAUCUAUAUUAUAACAAAGCGUAUAUUUUUUAAUAGAUCUUUUAAAUAGUGAGUACGUUAGUUCCUUGAUUGAGAAAUUUGGAAUUGUUUGAAUAUUUUUAAUAACAGAAUAAAUCUGCAACAGCUCGAAAAAAUGUGGUAUCUAUUUAACAGCUUAAUAGCUCGACUCAUUAACAUGGUUGUUAACAUUUUUAAUAACACGUUACAGUUUCUAUUAAAAUAUUUUUAGUUUAAACCGCAAAGCACUUUAUGCUGUGUGAUGUAAUAUGCUAUAGUGCGUAUUGUACUUAGGUGCUGUGAUCGUGCUGGUAGCUACAGAUACUUCUAUGUAUCGACCAAAUGUGCCUAGUUACUAAAUUUUGAUGAUUUGCAGAUGUACUGAUCAUCAGAAUUAUUUCAAUUUAAUUUUAUUUUAUUGACGUUAUAAUUAAAGCCUGUAUAGUCAGGAGUUUGUGCAUAAUUUUUUUAGGCCUUUUGUAUACAAAUAUUUUAAAUAUCCAUUUCUGUUUUACUUGUUAAUGGGAGUAAUAUCGCUUUCUUUGAACACUUUUAGGUAUUCUUUGAUCUCGAAUUUCUUUCACUCUAAAUAUGUCUAUCGAUAAUUACAAUUAAAAGUGCACAAUUUUAUGUUUUACGAACUAAAUCCUUGUAUUUGAUUAAAUUUUUGUAUCAGUAGUAUUGGAGGCUAAAGAUAUCUUUUUUUUCUGUGUGCUCCCUUGACUUCAUCAUAAUCAUUGCAGCUGAUUUGAGCUAAAAAUCCUUUUUAUAAUUUUACUUUUGGCAUUUUAUCAGUAUAUUAUAGGUAAUGGAUUUCGACAAGAGCUAUGCGCUUGUAAAUAACAGGUAAACUCGUGUACUGAAUCGGCAUGACUCAUGGCUCUUGAUAAAAUCCAUUACCUAUACUUCAUACUUUCUCUUUACAAUGUUAUUACUAUUUUAUGAUGACAUCUUGUUUUAGUUACGGUACUAUUAUCGUCUAGAAUGCUAAAAUAUGGCACAUUUUCAACAAUUUUUUUUAUCUUAUUUAUUAUAUAUGGCAAUUAAACUUCUUUUAUAUUAUUAUACAACUUUUGAAAGAUUGCAAAAACAUUGUUCAGGUUUUUUCCACUGUUCGUGUAUUUUAAAGAUGACUGCAACAAUUUUUCGUCCAAAAAUUACUGCUCCAUGGCGGACCGUUAACCUCUGGAACGGCAAACCCGAAACGUAAAAUUUGAGAAGGGUUUUAAAAAAUAUUAAAAAUAUUAAAAUAUUAAAAAUUAAAAACUCUCACCAAAAAAACAAUAUGGCGGACAUUCGAAAAUAUUUUUUCUUUUUAAAUAUUUCACCUUUAUCAAUAUUUUACCAUUUUUCUACUUUGUUCAGUCACCAAAAUUUUAUUAUUUUUUUUUAUUUGGUUAAAUUGUAGUAAACUAUCAUAGAGAAAAGUCAAACAAUGCAAAAAAAAAUAAUAAAAUUUUUGUGACUGAAUAAAGUAAAAAAAAAUCAAUUUUUAAACAUAUUUUCAAAUGCGCCAUUUGCGCCAUUUUGUUUUUUUUAUUUUUAAUUUAAAGAUUACAAAAAAAAUCUGUUUUUUUUGUUUGUGUAUUUUAAAGAUGACUGCAAAAAUUUUUCGUCCAAAAAUUACUGCUCCAAAAAAAAUAAAAUGGCGGACAUUCGAAAAUAUUUUUCCUUUUUAAAUAUUUUAGCUUUUUUCAACUUUGUUCAGCCACAAAAAUUUUAUUAUUUUUUUUAUUUGGUUACAUUGCAGUUCUAGCUUUCAUAGAGAUAAGCAAAAAAUAAUAAAAUGCGUCAAGGUUUAUAAAAUCCUCCUAGUAAAUCAGGAGAUUAAGGAUUCUGGGAAAAACUACGCGAUUAAAUCUGGCGGGCAGUUAAUCUCUGGAUCUAGUCAGUUGAUUUUAAUAAACCUUGAUGAAUUUUGUUUGUUUUGGUUUUCUAUAGGUUUACCACAAUUUGACAAAAAAAUAAUAAAAUUUUUGUGACUGAACAAAUCGAAAAAAAUUUAAUUUUUGAACAAUUUUUUCAAAUACACGCCAUUUUGUUUUUUUUUUAAUUUUCAAUUUGAAGAUAACAAAAAAAAAAUUUUGAUUUUUUUUUCUAAAAGAUUCUAAGAAAAACUAUGUAUUUAAAACUGAAGGACAGUUAAUCUCCAGAUCUAGUCAGUCAAUUUUAAUAAACCUUGAUGCAUUUUAUUUGUUUCGAUUUUGUGUAAGAAAAUUGACUGCUGUUUGAUUAGAAAUAAUAAUCAAAUUUUUGUGACCGACCAAAGUCGAAAAAAUGUCAAUUUUUGACGAACUUUUUCAAAUAUCCGCCAUUUUGUUUUUUUUUUUAAAUUUUCAAUUUAGUUUCUUCCAAAACUGACUACUUUAUUGGGGGUUGUUUAACUCUGUAACGUCAAAUUUGAAUCACAAAAUUCGAGAAGAGUUUUAAAAAAUUAAAAAUAAAAACUCUUAUUAAAAAAAAUUAAAAAAAAAACAAAAUGGCAGACAUUUGAAAAUAUUGUUAAAAAAUUGACCUUUUGACUUUUUUUAUUAUUUUUAUUUGGUUAAAUUGUAGUGGACUAUCAUAGACAAAACCAAAAUAGCAAAAUACAUCAAGAUUUAUUAAAAUCAAUGGACUAAAUCCAAGCAUAAAGGAUUCUGAGAAUAACUACGUUUUUAAAACUGGUGGACAGUUAAUCUCUGGAUCUAGUCAGUUAAUUUUAAUAAACAUAAAUGAUUUUGUUUGUUUUGGGUUUCUAUAAGACAGUUUACCACAAUGUGACAAAAAAAAUAAUAAUUUUUUUUUAUUAGACAAAUACGAAAAAAGUCAAUUUUUGAACAUUUUUUUCAAAUAUCCACCAUUUCGUUUUUUUAGGAAUUAACAAUUUCUCUGGUAAACUGUCACAUUAGAAUAAGUGCCUCUUUUUUAAAACCCUUCUCGAAUUUUAUAUUUCAGAUUUUCCAUUCCAGAGAUUAACUGUCCGCCAUAGACCAGUAAUUUUUGUACGAAAAAUUGUUAAUGCCACUUUAAAAUACGGGAAUAAUGAAAAAAAAUCUUCAAAAGUUUUAUAAUAAUAUAGAAAAAAUUGUUGAAAAUGUGUAAUUUGUUAGCAUUCUAGACAGUAGUAGUACCUUAAACAACGCUUAAACAUAUUUGUUUCAACUCUCCUAUUUUUAUCUCAUUUUUUGUAGUAGUUUUGCAUUUCAUACGUUAAGAAUGGAUAUUUCCGUUUUGAACUCCCUUUUUGCCAGAUUGAUUAAUGGUUGUCGCACAAGGCCCUUUUUUUAUUGAUAACUGAAUAACUAGGUAAUAAUUUUCGGAUAAUGACGUCUGUAAAUGUCUAUCAUCAAUACUAAAAAUAUAUUUGCCACGUAUUUUCAAUGGGCAACAUUUGACUUACGGUUUUCUUAUUUUUUUUUACGCUGUAAACGUUUUAAACCCCAAUGUAUAUCUUUCUACUUAAUUUAGAUCUACAAUUUGUCGAAAACUUUUGUUGUGAAAUUUAACUCAUUAAAAUAAAUAUCACAACAAAAAUUAUUUUUAACGACAAAUUGUCAACAGGUCUUAAAAACAUAGAUGCCACAAAAAAGCUUUCAAACAACACUGUCAAUCUCAUUCAACUUGUUUAUAUUUAUACAAGUAGAAAUCAUUUUAUAAAUCAACCAUUAUGUUGUUUUAAUUUUAAAACUUUUUUUAAUAAUUAAGUAGGUUGUGAAGGAAAUGAUUUCAGCUUGUCUCUGUACCAUAUAUUAUUUUAUUUUUAUGUUAUUUUCGUUUUAGAAAAUGCUAAGGAAAAAAUGAAGUGUGAAACAAUUUCAAAUUUUUAUAUCUACGUAGAUGCAAUAUCGAUUUGUGUACCUAUUUUUAGUUGUAUGUAAUUAUUAAAACUUGCAAAAUGGUUUAUAUUGUCAUCUGAUUAUUAAUUUAUAAAAUAAAAUUGUUAAAUUUAUGUGC